CAUGCGAUGCCGGAGGAGUGCGGCGAUGCUAUGGAAUGUGGGCAGCCGCCUGCGGACACGCUCCGGCAGGUGACCAUCCAGCGCCACCCGCUCCACGGAUUCGGCUUCGUGGCCGGCAGCGAGAGGCCCGUGGUGGUGCGCUCGGUGACGGCAGGCGGCCCCUCCGAGGAGAAGCUCCUGCCCGGAGACCAGAUCGUGGCCAUCAACGCCGAGGACGUGAGCGAGGCCCCCCGCGAGCGCUUCAUCGAGCUCGUCAGGAACGCCAAGGACUUUGUGGUCCUCACCGUCCUGCACGCGCACCAGUCGCCCAAAUCCGCUUUCAUCAGCGCAGCCAAGAAGGCCAGGCUGCGCUCCAACCCGCCCAAGGUCCGCUUUUCCGAGCAGGUGACGGUCGGCGAGACGGACCCAGACAUGCUGAAGAAGGACGCGCUCCUCCUCAUCCCCAACGUGCUCAAGGUUUUCCUGGAGAACGGGCAGAUCAAGUCCUUCACGUUCGACGGCCGAACCACGGUGAAGGACGUGAUGGUGACGCUGCAGGACCGCCUCUCCCUGAGGCACAUCGAGCACUUUGCCCUGGUGCUGGAGUAUUCCAGCCCGGAGCAGAGCCACCGGUUCCUGCUUCUCCAGGACAAGCAGCCCCUGGCCCACGUCGUGCAGAGGACGCACUACCAGGGCAUGCGGUGCCUCUUCCGCGUCAGCUUCUUCCCCAAGGACCCGGUGGAGCUGCUGCGCCGGGACCCGGCCGCCUUCGAGUACCUCUACAUCCAGAGCCGCAACGACGUGAUCCGCGAGCGCUUCGGCACGGAGCCCAAGCCGGAGCUGCUGCUGGGGCUGGCCGCCCUGCACAUCUACAUCACGGUCUCGGCCACCCGGCCCAGCCAGAAGGUCUCCCUGAAGAACGUGGAGAAGGAGUGGGGCCUGGAGCCCUUCCUGCCGCCCUCGCUGCUGCAGCUGGCCAAGGAGAAGACGCUGCGCAAGGCGCUCUCGCAGCAGCUCAAGGCGCAGCAGAGCCAGCCGCCCGGCGGCACCAAGGUGUCGGCGGCGCAGGCCAAGCUGCGGUACCUGCGGAUGCUCAACGAGCUGCCCACCUUCGCCGGGGUGCUCUUCAACACCGUGGGGCUGGACGAGAAGCAGCCGGCCACCACGCUGCUCGUGGGUCCCCGCCACGGCAUCAGCCACGUCAUCGACCUCAAGACCAACCUCACCACGGUGCUCUCGGAGUUCAGCAAGGUGAGCAAGAUCCAGCUCUUCCGCGAGAACCAGGGGGUGGCCCGCGUGGAGACCAGCAUCCUGGAGGCCAAGCCGCUCGUGUUGCUCAUGGAGUGGCCUGAGGCCACCAACUUCGCCUGCCUCAUCGCGGGCUACUGCCGGCUCCUGGUGGACUCCAAGCGGCUCCUGUUCCCGAGGCCGCCCCCGCCGCACCUGACCAAGGCAGAUCCCGUCCCCGCGCCGCGUGCUGCCGCGGCUGAGCGCGGCGCCGGCGACGAGCUCCUCGGCCUCUGCUACCUGCACAUGCGAGAGCCGGGCAAGGAGCGCGAGAGCGGCACGGACGUCACCRAGAACCUGAUCCCUUUGGAGGAAACCCGUCCCCGCACCAAGUCCGACCCCACUCCCAAGAGCUCGGGCCAGGGGCGCGAGGGCGGCGAGGCGGCCCGCGAGCCGCGUGCGCGCCGGGCCCGCGCGCACACCAUCGACUCGCACCCGCGCGGCGACGCCGUGCCCUUCUACUGCGACUCCUGCAAGGCCAAGAUCAAGGGCCGCGCGGCGGCGCGCAGGGCCGCCGGCGCCCACGACACCAUGGUGGACCUCAUGUCCCUGCCGCCGCCGGGCAGCGACGAGGAGGAGGAGGAGGACGAGGCGGCGGCCCUGCUGCCGGCCAUCGCCGCGCCGCCGCCCGGCUUCCGCGACACCAGCUCGGACGAGGACGACCCGAAGCGGCGGGCGGCGGCGGCGGCGGCAGCGGCGCAGAGCCAGGAGCGGGGCCGCCACCUCUGCGGCCUCCUCUGCGACGAGGUCCCCGUGACGCUGAUAGACGCCGUGCAGACGCGCACGGUGCGCGACCACGCGCGGGAGCUCGACGACGCCCUCGUGUCCACGCUGCAGGCGCUGGAGGCGCUGGCGGCCUCYGAGGACUGUCCGCACCCGCCGCCGCCGCCCACCGCAGGUCUUAUCGUCCUGGCUGCCAUCACUCCUGAGUCAUCCUUGGAUUCGGGCCACGAAACCAACUCGUCGGAGCUGACGGACGUCUCCGAGAUGGUCUCGGCCAUGAAGCAGCACCAGAGCGCAGCCUACUUGCUCGCUCAGCACCUCGGCAAGGAGAGCCUGCUGGCGAGGAAGGAGCUGCCUCUGCGCGUGCCGGGCUGCGCCGCCCAGGCCCUGCUCGCCUCGCCCUACGCCCUCGGCCGCCCGGAGCCCAAUCCUUCGCGGAAGCCGGAGUGUCCCCUCCAAAGCCCCAGCAAUGGGCAGAGCCCGCAGGAGCAGCAGCAAGUGGAGCGGAGCCGCCCCUCGGCCGUGCAGCCGGCGCCCCAGCUGGGCGAGCAGAGCCGGGGACCCCCCGAGUGCCACGGGGCCGGCCCCGCCAGAGCCGCCUUUGGGGUGUCCCUGGCGCCGGGAGCAGCCUCGAGCGCGGAGCAGGCCCGCGCUUCCCGAGAGACGGUGCCCAAGGAGGUCCGGCCGAGCCCCGCGCUCCUCCUGGAUCCGAGGAGCGGCGUGAGCCCGGCCUUCGUCGCAGCCGCUCUGCAGCAGGCGGCCGGCGCCAAAGGCUCCGCUUCCCAAGUGGCGGCGGCUCCGAGCGAAGACAAGAACAUCAGCGGCCUCGCGGCCUCCGGCGGCAAGUCCGGGAAACUUAAAGGAGGCCAACAGGCUGAGGACACGUUAUGCAACUGUCAGCAGCAGCAGCCGCCCAGCGAAGCCUCUGCAAGCCCUAAAGAAGCUCCUGGCAGUAGGGCCGAAACAUCCCACCUGGUCUCCAUGGGGGAGGAAACGAUGCCUAGUAAGACUUUGCCCUCUAAAAGCUACCAGCCAAAAGUGAGCAGGGAUCCCCUAGGAAAAGCUCCGUGUGGAGAGCCAGGUCAGAAGGCAGAGGGCGAGGCCACAAGCCUUGUCUUUCCAAGACACGUGGCUCCUCCGAACCUAGGGGAGAAGAUGCAGCAGGAAAACUCAGUCAAAGGUUUCAAAGCGGAGAGCGGCUGUCUGCACUCUCCAUCACUUGGCAGCACCUUCAGGAGCACCAGUGAGGACCCCAAGGGGCCGAUCCAGCUGGUGCCCAGGCCCGAGGGCCUGCAGAUCAGCACUGUGCCUUGCAAAAAAGCAGAAAAAGUCCUGGAGAUGCCCCAGCAAGCUGCUGACGCCCCAGCUAAACCCAAAGCKCCCAAAGGUCCCUUCAGGUUGAGGAACCUCUUCUCGGCAACGUUCCCUACGCGGCUGAAGAAGGAGACGGACGAGCGGCAGGCCCAGCUGCAGAAGGUGAAGCAGUACGAGCUGGAGUUCCUGGAAGAGCUGCUCAAGCCCAAGGGCAAAGGAGACCUUCCCCCGCAGGAGUACCUGCACCCUCCUGCCCCUGGGCGCUGCAGCUGCCAGCUGAGGAGCAGCCCGGUGCAGAAGGUGCCCGGCAUGUCCAGGGAGCAACGACGCAGCUGCGACUGCAAGCGCAUUUGCAGGGGGGUGAGGCCGCUUCCCAACCAGCUGGCGAUGCCGGACCCGGAGAGGCAAGGCAGGGAGAAAGCCCUGGACGAGCAGAAGCAGGCAGAGGCAAUUCGGUUGAUGAGCAUGAGCAGCCCUUCCAUGGGCAAGCGGAUACGGUCGACAAGCCUGGAGUCCAGAGAUUACCGCUCAGACCCCGAGAACGGCGUGUCCUGCUUGAGCACGUGCGCUUCCCGGGGGGAAUGCAUGGGCGCUCCCCACUACAAGAAGCUCCUGCGCCGCUACAGCGUCAGUGAAAUAGAUAAGACUGACAGGACGUCUCUGUCCUCGGAGAUCUACCAGAACAUCUAUACCGUCAAGCAGAAAGGCUUCCCGAAGGAGUGCGAACCCAGCAUCUACGGCUCUGUUCUGAAAAGCAAAAUCCAGGAAGCCUCUGGAGCGGCUGAUCCGUCUUACGUGCAAAUAGCGCAGGAGAAGAAGAACCAGAAAGGCUCCGCGGUGUUCUCUGUGCAGGAGGAGAUGUAUCCGAGUGCUGCUGGGCUGCGAGAUGAGGACAUGGAGGAUGAGAAGUGCUGCUCCAUCCGCUACUGCUUCUACUACAGGAAAUGCGAUGUGGCAGAUGACGGGAGCGAGAAGGACGAGCUGUCCUAUUCCAUCCCCAUGCAGAUACUCCCGGGAAUGAAGCUGGACAAUCAGAUGGUCCCGGUCAUGAGCAGGACCCUGCAGGUCCUGGACGCAACGGCCUGCAGCAGUCCCAACGGCAGUCAAACCCAGGAAAUAGAUUUGAGGUCCUCCACCUUUGAAGGGAGCCUGGCAAAAAUCAACACCCUUCGCGGCCAUGCCUACAGCCUGCCCGACGGGUUUCUGCAGGUGCAGCUGGACACCAACGAGCUCCUGAUGGUCCUGAGGCAGUGCGUGGUGAGCCCCAAGGGCCGGGACUGCAAACCCUACGUGUCCCAGCUGGCUGAAUACAAGCAGGAGCUCGCGCUCAAGUUCAAGGAGUUCCGCGCGUCCUGCCGCCGCGUGGCCGCCGUCGACAAGAGUCCCACGCGCAUGCUCUGCGCCAUCACGAGCAGCUUCCAGGUGCUAAGCGGCCUCAUCGAGACCUUCGUGAGGCUGGCGUACGUUGUGCGCUCCGAGUCGCAGCGCCAGGAGCUGCUGGCCAAGGUGGAGGAGGUGGUGAGGAACUACACGUUCCUCCUGCGGGCCGCGGAGGAGUCCACGGCGCGGACGCUGAGCCAUCAGCAGGCGGCCGAGCAGCUCGCGCGCCAGUCGGCCACGGUGGCCACUGUCAUGAGCACGCUCACGCGCUCCCUGAAGACGCUCAUCAAUAAGUAAGCCGGCCAAGAAAGCCAACGUGCGUGCCAAGCCCUGUGCCUGUGGUCCUCACGUCACGGAGGUCUCAUGAGGAUGAGUGUCUGGAAAGCCCACCCCUUGGCCAUUCCAACAGCCGAGACCUUCUGGAAAGCCUUCAUCUGCUGGGGGUUCCAAUGGCCAAGACCUUCUUUCAUCUCUACUGGGUGAAUGGUGAUGUUGGUGGAGCUUCCGAAGGGUCRAUCCUGCCACUCUGCUUGCUCUCUCACGCCGGCUUCCCGGUGACCUUCCCAGGGAGACACAACCACCCCGUCUCCACGCCUUUGGGUCCACGUAGUUCAGGGCCUCCCUCCUGCAAAGACCAGACACUGUCUCCCGCGGCCGCGCGGUGCUGGGCUGGUGAGCAGGGACUGAGCUGAGACCUCCCACUUCACUUGGGUCCAGCUCGGAGCCCAACCAGCGUCUUGCCACGGAAACAGCUCUUGAGCCUCGCCGGGUCCGACCCACGGAGGCGGCGUUCGGAGGGCACCUCC